UGCCAUAUGCCGUGAUUUCCGUCAUGUAUUUCGUGACUGACGGGAAAAGGCGGACAGUGAAGUUCAAACAUUCGCUAUGUUAGUGCGGUUAUGUUGACUUAAGUGUCAUAAUGUUCGUGAUGAUAAUUUGCUGUGAUCUGAUGUAGACAUAGAGCUGCGCCAGAUUGUAGUGCUAACACUGUAGAACUGAAGCCAUGGACCAGGACCCAACUAUGUGGAUAAAAAAAGAGGAAACAGAUGAAGUAAAAAUUGACUUACACUCCAUGUUUCUUGAAGACCCAUUAAAGACUGAAGGACCUAGUGUUUCGGUAAAGCAAGAUCCCGAAGUGAAACAACAUGCUGAUGGAUCAGAGCAUAAUUCUGUUAAAGAUCCAUUUGGAAUAUCUUGGUCCACUGAUUUUAUCAAGGAGGAUCCUGAAUUGAAUUUGGAAAUUGUCACUGAGGAUAUUGUGGAAACCUCAACAAGAUACACAUAUGAUAGUGCAAGAUUGACUCAGAGUACUGGUGGGAGCUGUGGCAUAUUAUGUGAGGAAACUUAUCACCAUGGUCUGGUCCAGGAUAAGUUGGUGAUAGACAUGAAGACGUCAACAGACGAGUUGGGUCCCAAUACAGAAGAUGUGAUUAUUGAUAAGGAGUGCUCAGAUGCUACCCGAUAUGACUGUAGUACAAGGGAAAAGGAAUUUCAUGUAUAUAGCUGUAAUUUCUGCCUACAAAGCUUUCCUUCCAAAUACAGACUCAUAAUGCAUGUGUUUAUGCACAUUGAUAGUACGCAACCACCUUUGUAUGUUUGUAAGUGGUGUGGUGAGGUAUUUCACAGUAAUGUUAGUUUGAAAAAACAUUUGAGAAUGAGUGAGAAUUCUGUCUUACCUGCUAGCAACCAUGAAAAAUAUGGCGAUAGUGAUCAUCAUCAAAGCAGUAUCUUCUUGGAUAGUGAGCCAGAAGUUUCUGUUACAGAACACAAUGAGCAGUCUUCGUGUAAGGAAACUUUGAAAGCUUCAAAGAAGUCCUCUAAUGAAAGGCGUUACACACAUAUGAGAAAUGAUACGGAGAAAUCAAAUGAUUAUGGAGCUUCAUCUACAGUUGUUAAUGUCACUCCCCAGGCUGAUCCACUUACUGCAAACAGAACCCACAAAUGUGAUAUUUGUGGCAAAUUGUUUGCUAGGUCAUGUGAUCUCAAGAGGCAUGCACUGAUACACACCGGGAAAAGACCUCACAAAUGUGAUAUUUGUGACAAAUCGUUUGCCCAGUCAUGUCAUCUGAAGACUCAUAUAUUAAUUCACACUGGAAAGAAACCUCACAAAUGUGACAUCUGUGGGAAAUCUUUUGCUACAUCAGGCAGUCUCAAGGCACAUGCUUUCAUUCACACUGGACAGAAACCUAACAAAUGUGUUAUUUGUGGGAAAUCUUUUGCUACGUCAGGCAAUCUCAAGAAACACACAUUAAUUCACACUGGAAAGAAACCUCACAAAUGUGAGAUUUGUGGGAAAUCUUUUGCUAUGUCAGGCACUCUCAAUAGGCAUGUAUUAAUUCACACUGGAAGAAAGCCUCAUAAAUGUGUAAUCUGUGACAGAAGUUUCACUCAAUUGAGUGCUCUCAAGAUGCAUGCAUUACUCCACUUGAGAAAGAAACAAGUAGGUGUUAGUUUAAGCAAAUAGGUAUCCCUGGAUGGUGCUCUCAAGGCCUGUAAAAUAAUGGAUGUAGCAGGGAGACAAUAAAUGGUAAUGGCUGUGAAAUAACAGAAGAGUGUGGUAGAAUUGUGAAAAAAUGUGUAAUUAUGUGUACUUUAGAGUGGUAGCAGAUAAAAUGGCAAUAUAAAAAUCCCUAUCUGCAGCUUGAAAUGUCAAGAAAUUGUAUUGCUAGAUAUGCCUCAAACGUGAAUCAAAUAUGUUUCUGUCAUUAACACUGCUAUUUUUUCCUAUCGAUCUUGAGACAAGAGGAUUCUGAAUUGUGAUAAAUCCUUACCUUCGUCAGUAAUUAUAAGUAGCAUGCAAUAUUCAGUAUAAGGCCAAGGAAAUGUCAUGACUUUCUGAUUAUUAUCCCUAACAUAGUCAUCAUGUAUUACUUUAACUCUGCAUUUUACAAACAAUGUCAGCAAUUGGGUACCCAUAUAUUAUGGCAGUUCCUUCACUCAGGCUAGUAAACUCAACACUGGAGAAACAUGAUUAUGGCAAUUAUUUUACUCAGGUAUGUUUUCUAAAGAGAUUUGCUCUGUGUGUCAUUAAUAGUGUAUACAUUUGUUCUGUUAGUACUAAUCCUGCAUUAGUAAAUGUAACAACAAAUAUAACAACCUGCUUAAUAGCAUGAUUGUCCACGUUUGGAACACAAUGCGUAGACAGUUUUACAUGAUAGGGACUUGACAAGUUGUUUACAUGUU